AUGGCCAACUACCUCGCUUCCAUCUUCGGUACCGAGCAGGACAAGGUCAACUGCUCCUUUUACUACAAGAUCGGCGCCUGUCGACACGGAGACCGCUGCUCUCGGAAGCACGUCAAGCCGUCAUACUCACAGACGGUUUUGAUGCCCAACAUGUACCAGAACCCGGCCUACGAUCCCAAAAACAAGAUGAACCCGAGCCAGCUGCAAAACCACUUCGAUGCAUUUUACGAGGACGUAUGGUGUGAGCUGUGCAAUUACGGCGAGCUGGAGGAAUUGGUUGUCUGCGACAAUAACAAUGACCAUUUGAUUGGCAACGUCUACGCCCGGUUCAAGUACGAAGAAGAUGCACAGGCGGCAUGCGAUGCACUGAAUUCGCGCUGGUAUGCAGCGCGGCCUAUAUACUGUGAAUUAUCGCCCGUGACAGAUUUUCGAGAAGCGUGCUGUCGGCUCAAUAGCGGCGAGGGGUGUGUGAGAGGCGGAUUGUGCAAUUUCAUCCAUCGCAAAGACCCUGUCCCGGAACUCGACCGGGACCUGCGACUGAGCACGAAGAAGUGGUUGAAGGAACGGGGCCGAGAUGCGCGCAGCGCCACCCGCAGCCCGAGUCCGGAGCCGACCCGGCGGAGGUACUAG